UAAACACACAAACGAGACGGGGGAGUGGAGGAGAAGGCAGGUGUGGACAGACGUUACAGAGCAACCGGACACUGUCAUCUGUCUGUCUCAACGACCUGGCGAAGGACGACAGUGCUGCAGGGAAGACGAGACGAUGGAUUGUCCUCAACACUCCACAGUGUAGCAUUACACAGCUUGCGUUAGCCGGUCUUUGCACUUUUUCUGAUGAAAACGAAUAUAAAGCAAAACAAUUAUGUACAGAAAUACAAAUGAACUUCUGUCUUCUGUCGCUUCUUUGUGUGUGUGUGUGUUUGUGUGUGUUUUUUUAAUGUCACAAGCAAGACAGAGCCGCAUGUGAGUGCUUUUAGAUGGAACGAGGCAUGCUCCUUGUUGAGAAGAGCGAAACAGUAAUCCCUCUUAUCGACUUUAAUUGGUUCCAGACCCUACUAUUUUGGUAGCUACACAGGUUUUCCACCUUGUAAAUACACUUUUUAGUAUUAUUAGAGCUCUCUAGACAUGAAAUAACACCCCCAUAGUCACCUUUAUACUCCUAUUACCCAAUAUGGGAGAGAAAAUAAGACUUCUUGGACAUAAAUAAGACAUAACAUAGGCUUACACGUUAGAACUGGCAGCGUACUUCCUGCUGUCAGACAAAUUUACGCCAAAACCCCCCCCCAAAAAAACAAAACAAAUUUACGCCAGUCACUCGCACUCUCCACACUGCUAACACACAGCUAAACACAGUCAACUCUCGCUAGCUGACGCCACACGAGUAUUACAUGAUAACAUGUAAUACUUACAGAAUUUUGCUCAUUUUAAGCAUUAGCAGAACGUCCUUCCUGGGUGCAUUGAUUUCACACAGCAACAUAGAAAGGAACGCUACACUUGGCGUUAACUUUUCCAAACUCAAAAACAAAACCACAGCAGCAGUGGCGCCAGCUCCAAUCUUUCGGUCACACCUUUCGGUAGUGACCUGAGGCAUUGUGAGCGAGUGUGUGGUGAAGCUGGCCGCUAGCUGGCUAGUAGCUAGCCGGGGUGGCGUGGCAACGUGUCACUACGCCAGCAAAGUAGUUAUUGGGUGUAACAAUGUUAAUAACAAUAAUAACAACAAUGGCACUGUAGCUGGCCACAGGUGGUCUAGUGGUUAGCACGUUGGCCAAUACAGGAACAGCCUGGAGAUCGGGAAGACCUGGGUUCGAUUCUCCCCUGGGCAUUUCUGUGUGGAGUUUGCAUGUUCUCCCCGUGUGCGCGUGGGCUUCCUCCCACAUUCCAAAAACAUGCAUGUUAGGUUAAUUGGCGACUCUAAAUUGUCCAUAGGUAUGAAUGUGAGUGUGAAUGGUUGUUUGUCUAUAUGUGCCCUGCGAUUGGCUGGCGACCAGUCCAGGGUGUACCCCGCCUGUCGCCCAAAGUAAGCUGGGAUAGGCUCCAGCAUGCCCCCACGACCCUAAUGAGGAUGAAGCGGUAUAGAAAAUGGAUGGAUGGGCACUGUAGCUUGGUUAGGAGGUCACAUUAUGUAAAUGUAAUGUUAUUGGAAGUCUUUAUAGGCGGAAUAUGUGUCCCAAUUCCGUCCAUUCGUAGCUGCGUCUUUUUAGUUGUUUUUAUAUUAUAGAACGCACAGAAAAGAGAGAUGUGUGUUCACGUCUCACAUAAGCAUUGUGGAUGAUGGGCAAAAUUCCUUAAAAAAAAAAAAAAAAAAGUACAGUUUUUCUUUAAAGGCGCACACAAGUCACAGUCAUCGUAUUUAACCAUGAAACAACAAUCAUUUAUAUAAUAUGAACUAAUAAAUGUUUGGUCAACCGCAGUGUAGCGAGGGACAACUGUAUGUGCUUUCAUAAGACCAGAAAAAGGGGCUCGAUUUGUCACUUUUUGGAAAAAGAGUAUCGAGAUAGUAUGAAUACUUGCUAAAUAUAGCAGCAAAGUGGCAAAGUUGGCGACACUGAUCCCUCCUGCUACGUCUUCUUAUUCUGUAGCAGACCCGGUGUGUUAAGAAGCACAGUUGCCAUCUACUGUACAGAGUUGGAACAACAAGCUACAUUCAUAGACAGUCACGUUAUUGUGUUUAUGAACCAGGGCCAACAGGUAGCAGGAAACCUGUUUGCGGCAGUCCACAUUUAUUAGUGGCAUACCGCCAUAAGUAAAUGUAUGGGAAACACUAUUGUACCCUGCCUCUCACCCUUAAGUCACCUGGGGUAGAGUCCCGCACACCCAUGACCUUAAUGAGGACAAUUAAGCGCUAUGGAAGAUGGAAGGAUGGAUGGGUGGAUAGGUGUAGAUGAGGUUAGACACAUUGCUUCUGGCUUGUUGAUGUCCGCUCUGCCACUCGCACACCUUACAGCUGCUGUGAUUGUGUAUUGGGAUGAAAUUCACAAGGUCACAGGAGCUGUGUUAGGGUUGCAAAAAAGUAUUUCAAAGUGUGUGCUUUACAUGUCAUCAAAUGGUCUUUGUUUCCUCUGCCAUGGCAUUAAGGCUAAUGCUACUCAGUAAUGGGCUCAAUUAUUGUUCAGGUGAGAGAGACUCGUGCUGGCAGACGCGCACAAAUGGACACGGAUGUCUUGUUGGACAUUGUCACAAGACGGAAACAAAUGUCUUUCCUUGUCGCCGUGGUCAGGGCGAUGACACAUCACCUGUUGGCCAGGGACGACAGACCGUCCACAAGGAUUACUGAGGAGUCGGCCGCCGGGUUUUCAAUCAACCUUGAAAUCAAGCGAACACCGGAGAGGCGCCAUUGUCAAGCCCCAUAGAUCAUGUCCGCAGAUUCGUUUGGCGCCGGCGGCAGCGAUGCCCAGCAAACACUGCAGUCCUUCUGGCCUCGCGUCAUGGAGGAGAUCAGGAACCUGACUGUGAAGGACUUCCGCGUGCAGGAGUUACCGCUGGCUCGAAUCAAGAAAAUCAUGAAGCUGGAUGAGGAUGUCAAGAUGAUCAGCGCCGAGGCUCCGGUGCUGUUUGCCAAGGCAGCACAGAUAUUCAUCACAGAGCUCACCCUCCGAGCGUGGAUCCACACGGAGGACAACAAGCGACGCACGCUACAGCGCAACGACAUCGCAAUGGCGAUAACAAAGUUUGACCAGUUUGACUUCCUGAUCGACAUCGUGCCCCGAGACGACCUGAAGCCACCGAAGCGACAGGAGGAGAUGCGUCAAACGGUGGCCCCGGCAGAGCCUCUCCAGUACUACUUCACCUUGGCCCAGCAGCCAGGCACCGUGCAGGUGCAGGGCGCCCAACAGGCUCAGCAGGCCGGCUCGCAAACGGCCACCACCAUCCAACCUGGGCAGAUUAUCAUUGCGCAGCCGCAACAAGGACAGAUGCUUCAAGGUGCCACCAUGCAGCAGUUACAGCAAGUGCAGGUGCAAUCACAGGGCACACCCAUCACGAGCGCCCCUGUGGCCAUGCAGGUGGGAGACGGCCAGCAGGUGCAGAUCGUCCAAGCCACCGCAGCCCAGGGCCAAGCUCAGACGGCCCAGGCGCAAGGCCAGACCAUGCAGGUCAUGCAGCAGAUCAUCACCAACACAGGAGAGAUCCAGCAGAUUCCGGUGCAACUUAACACAGGCCAGCUGCAGUACAUCCGUUUGGCGCAGCCGGUCUCUGGGGCGCAGGUGGUGCAAGGACAGAUUCAAACCCUCGCCAACACACAGCAGAUCACGCAGACCGAAGUCCAACAAGGACAGCAACAGUUCAACCAGUUUACGGAUGGACAGCAGUUGUAUCAAAUCCAGCAGGUGACGGUGCCAGCGGGCCCGGAGCUGACUCAGCCCAUGUUCAUCCAGUCCAGCAACCAAACGGCCGACGCGCAGGUCACUCAGGUCAGCACGGACUGAGCCCGCCGGCCACGUUCCAAUACGCCGCAGCCAGCGACCUCGUCGGCACUGCUGGUCUAGAGCAGGGAUGUCGUCUUCAUUUAGUGACCAAUCAGAAGCCAAAGGGACACUGAUUGACCCCUCCCCCUUACCACCACCAUCAGCGCAGUACGUUUUAUGUUUUUAUACUUUUUUGAUACGCCACUGCCACCCUGCACCCCCACCUUCACUGCCAUCAUGCCAGCGUUUUGUCUCGGUCGUGAACAAGUCACAUGACUGCCGCCCCCCCUUCCCCCUUCUCUGUAGGUGUUUCAUCUUUCCCAGCUUCUUUUCUUUGUACAGUGAUUCUUAUGAGCGGUCGUGACGUUUUCUUUCUCGCAUGUGGUCCAAACUGCCAGCAUGACGUGCAAAUAGAUAAGCAACAGUUUUAUUUUUUUCACCGUACCUUUUUCUAAGCAAAUCUUGUUUGUGACAAAACAUUAAAAAAUGUCGAAGAGUUGUGUUCUUUUGUUUCUUCUUGGAAAUUGUGCUAACGCG